AUGGACAGUGACGACCACCACCACCAACAACAACAACAACAGCGACGUCGGCGGUCGACGACGGCCGUGUUGCUACAGCAGCAUCAGCAACAGCAGCCUGGCGUGAGGUGGCGUGCGGUGCAGCCAGCCAGGAGGAGUUGCUCGGCCGUAACCGAAAGGGACAUGAUGAUGGUGACCGCCGGCGCGUGGCAGCCGUCCCGGCAACACUCGUUCACCGCCAAGAGAUCGUCCAGAGUUUACAGAGAAUUGUGUUCGGCAUGGAAUUCGCGUGUGGGCUCCCAAAAUUCGAACGCUCCGGCCCACAGAGUUCAGGCGCUGUUCAACGACCUAGGAUUAUACCUGACCUCGGUCCAAGUCGCUGAAAUGAUGCAGUGCGUAAUGAAAUGUGCCAAUAGAAGUUCGCCGGUAUAUAUGACAUUUGGUGAAUUUUGCUUGUUGGCUAGAAAACUCAAAAAUGGCUUGGAUAGAGGGAUACCGAGAUCUGUGCAGUUUUCACGGCUGUUGGAAAAAGAUCAAGAGAAACACAUCAGGGGAAUUAAAAAAAACUCGAGAAGUCCUCACAGCUACGACGUUUUCCUUGGCGGCUCCUGCAAUCCGACUACGUGGCGUCAAGACUUGGCCAUACCGUACCUGCAAGAUGCCGGUGUGUCAUUUUACAAUCCGCAAGUGGACCAUUGGAGCCAAGAUUUCUAUCGAAAUCGAACACGCUGCCAAGGAGAGCGCGACGAUAUUGUUCUACGUGAUCGACAGCCAGACCAGGAACGUGACGCGAUUGUCGGGUCCGUGGUCGCCGGCGAGCCCAUUUCUUUCCGUGAAGCGGAGGACAUACGCGAAGCCCUGACGACGCUCCACAAGAUCGCUGCCAACCAGGGGACGCUGGUGUUCGAUAACAUACCGGAAGGGUUGAACAAUGUCAUUCAGAUUCUGAAAGACAAAAACCGUCAGAGCAAUGAUACUGGAGAAGACAAUCCUACGUACCGCAAGAUACGUGAUGCAUUUAACAAGUUCAACGUCGAUGCACCAGGACCAGGGAAGAUGAACAUUUCCCAUGUGACAAGUGCUAUCCAACUGUUGGCCAAUCAGAAUCUAUCCGAAAUCGAUGUGCUAAACCUGACAUCUGAACACCAAGAUACAAAAGAUGUUGGAGGUAACCACCAAGUUUAUUUUACGUUCAACCAAUUUUACGCCAUUGCAUCUAAAUUUCUACAGUUACCAGAUAAAAACAAUCGCAGGAAUGGAUUUGAAAUUGGACACUCAUACCGUGUGAAUGUAGGUAGACCAUUAUACUUAUCACAAGAGAGUGUCGAAACCACACGGUCUUCAAAGACUACAGAUAUUUAUCUAGCUGGUGAAAGCGGUGAUGAUAUUCGGUGGAGAGAAGACAUUGCUAUUCCCAUGAUAAAAAAAUCUAAUUUAACAUAUCACACAGCAUCCAAAACAGAUCUAUCAGUAUUAUUAGAUGCACGUACUUUGUUAUUUGUUAUUCCAAACAAUUCAAGAUCUUUGGCAACCAUGAUACUAGCAGCAUAUAGUAUAGCUAAAGGCUGCAGAAUGGUGUUAUGUAUACAGAAUCUCAGUAAAGAUUACUGCACAGUUCGCGGUGAAAAGUUGACACAAACAGCUAUCAACGACUAUAACCGCGGACGGCUUUACCUAGCGGAUUUGGCAUCACGAGAGCGAGUGCCUGUGUUUGAAUCAAUUAAAGAAGCGGUUGAAAUUGCUAUGCAAAAGAGCUUAUAG